CACAUGGCGACUCAUUGAACGACCCGAACAGCCGUAGUUGAUCAGUCAACUGGCCCUUCUUUCAAGCUAUGGAGGAGAUUCUAUCCCAUUACAUAUCUGACGAAGACUUUGUCAAAAGCUUCGAGAAGGCGACGUAAGCUCAUCGCUAGCUCAGCUAGACUGUUAUGACUAAUACUUGCCCAGGACCUCCAGAAACCAUGACCGAGCUGUCCGAGACCUGGUUUCCCAAGCACUAUCUGCAUUCUCUAACCAGAACUGGGACGAGUUGCACGAGACUGCACGGAGACUUCGUUGGGUGCAGAUGUGGAACUUUGCUCUCGAGGCGUUUACCGUUGUCACUCGAGGCAAGUUGAAGAUUACCGUUAGCUUGGCGGACGCUCUCCGAGUCACCGCAUGCAACUUGGAUCAAGACAACUGCCAAAGACGUCGGAACGAUGUCCUCUCGCUAUUCCGAGAAGUCCUAGAUGGAACCCAGGAUGAAUCGCUGCUCCAAGAAGCUCAUAUGAGACUUGGCAGUUUCUACACGGAUAAGGGAGAGUAUGAUGCGGCACGAAGUGAACUUGACGCGCAGAAGAGUGCAAGAACACCAGCAUUUCAACUUUCUGAACUCCGAAUUAGUUGGAUAGACAUCCAGAUCAAUGAGAAGCAGCUCAUUCGAAACACUGCCUUAGAUAGGUACGCCAACUUACUUGUGAAUAUCAAAUGGAAGGCGACUGGGAAGGCAGAGGAUUCCACUUUGGAGAGACAGGACUUGCGCAAGGCACAUGGCAUGUACCACGAGUUAUUUGAUGUCUACAGUAGCAUGAGCAGCAUCGCCGGCGUGAGCGACAAAGCCAAGCCGCCGCUUCCCUAUCUUUCUAUCCGCGUCGCUCACUACGGCAAUCAAAUGCGGUUUGUGGAAACGAAGAUGAAGGAGCUCGGGAUGAGAUGAGGAACGAUGCUAGUUUUGAUGAAGGCGGUUUUCAUGGAAGUUGCAGGAUCCCAUCGCAGUCGCAGGACGGUUUAUUUUGUAUCUGCCCAAAGAUUCGACUCGUUUGAUGUGAACAGGGAAAUGAAGGCUGUCAGUCCAGGUAAAUGAAUUGAGAGAG